AGAAACUCUAGCAACCGUAUUUUUCUUAUCUUAUCAAAUUACAAGUCACGUUUUCUGUGUAUGGUUCCAUGUCAGUUCCCUGUCCCAUGAUCAAUCAUAUGUUUGAUAAUCCAUCACUAUUGCACUCGAGGCUAAUUUUAUUUAUUUAUUUGCACAUCGGGUCGCAAAGCCAUUCCUAACGUUUGCGUUCGGUCGAAACAUGAUGGAAAACAAGUUGAAGUGCAGAAUUGGACCGUCUGUGUUGAACUCGGACUUAUCCCAGUUGUACGCGGAAUCCCAAAAGCUCCUCGACAACGGCGCCGAUUAUUUACACUUGGACGUUAUGGACGGCAACUUCGUUCCUAACCUAACUUUCGGCCAUCCCGUCGUUAAAUGUCUCAGGAAAAAAAUACCCAAUGCUUUCUUCGAGGCCCACAUGAUGGUCCAAAAUCCCGAACAGUGGAUCGAGCCCAUGAAUAAUGCAGGUAUAAAUUUAUACACGUUCCACAUAGAACCAGUUAUAACCGAUGUUAUAAGAGUGUGUAGGAAGAUAAAAGAAUCGGGAAUGAAGGUCGGUUUGGCCAUAAAACCCGGUACGGGGAUCGAGGACCUUAGAUGCUACAUUGAUCACGCCGAUGUGAUUCUUGUAAUGACCGUAGAACCCGGCUUCGGGGGCCAGAAGUUUCUGCAGGACAUGAUGCCUAAAGUGCAGUGGUUGAGGCAUAACUAUCCUUUAUUAGAUAUCGAAGUCGAUGGAGGCGUAGGAUUAAACACCAUUACUGCUUGUGCUGAGGCUGGUGCUAAUAUGAUUGUUUCUGGUACAGCAAUAAUAGAUUCAAUUGACCAAGCUGCCGUAAUAGCGAGUCUUAGGGAGACUGUUGAAAGUUCUAUCCAUAAAUGCAACGUUUAAGUCUGUGAAGAAAAAAAAUGUGAUUCAUGUUAAGUUUUAUCUUCUAUCUGCGUUGUUAAUAUGCAUUCCCCCGUUUUUAAAGACUUACAUUUAAUGAUAUCAAUUUAGUGUUCUUUAAAAUAGCUUAGGGUGAGUCCUACACCAGCAUGAUUUUCGAUUUACAUGUAACUUGAUUAAAGGAUUAUAGCGUUUGCUUUUUAUGAGCCCCCAUUUGAUGUAGGACCCAUUUUGUUAUCGCUUUUUGUCAGGGUAUGGAAGAUUUGUAAAAAUUUUGUUAUCUGUUGAAUAGAAAAAUAUUUUUUAUAUAAUUUAACUUCAUUAAUUUAGUAAUGAGGUCUAAAUUUAAGGAUUUCUCCAUGGUGAAAUAAAAUAAAACAAAUUAUAUAUACAUUA